CCGGGAACGAUAUUGUGGUCAGGCAUUACAUCUUCUUCCGUGUCUUCUUCCUUGUUGUCAUGUUCUCAGUCUUAGGGCUCACGAUUAUCCUACUCUCUUCCUUUGCCCUUGCCGCCGACCUCUAUAAAGUACUAGACCUACAUAAAUCCGCGUCAGACAAGGACAUACGGCAUGCCUACAAGAAACUGAGCAGGAAAUUUCAUCCGGACAAAAACAAAGAUUCCGAUGCGGAGGACAGAUUCGUUGAGAUAGCUCACGCCUACGAAGUUCUCUCGGAUCCAAACAAACGCCAAAUAUAUGACCGACACGGCGAGGAAGGAUUAAAGGCCCAUGAAGGAGGCCAGGGUCAAGCAAAUCCAUUCGACGUGUUUUCGAGCUUCUUUGGUGGAGGAUAUCCAUCAAGUCAAGUACGUCGUGGCCCGACAUCUGUAACCGAAUUUGAAGUAGACCUCGCUGAUAUAUACACGGGCCAAAGCAUAGAUUUCAUGAUCAAGAAGCGGAUAUUGUGCGACCAUUGUAGAGGAUCGGGCGCUGCAACAGAUGGCGACAUACAUACAUGUUCGGGAUGUGGGGGUUCCGGUGUGAAACUCGUCAAGCAGCAGAUUUUCCCGGGAAUGUUUGCACAGAGCCAGACAACAUGUAAUGAAUGUGGUGGGCGAGGCAAGGUUAUUGCACGUAAAUGCCCUCAUUGCGACGGUCAUAAAGUCACGGAUCACACUGCGCAUUAUACGCUUGAGGUUACCCCUGGCAUGCCGGAGGGGCACGAAGUGGUGUUUGAAGGUGAAGGUGACGAGAGUCCGGACUGGGAAGCAGGAGAUGUCGUUUUGAGAGUGAGAAGCCGCAAGAGCAAGGGUGGUUGGAGGCGAAAGGAAACAAGUCUGUACUGGAAGGAAACCAUUGGUAUUGAUGAGGCGCUCUUAGGCUUUGAUCGAAACCUAACUCAUCUAGACGGUCAUAUUGUUAGGCUACAGCGCAAAGGUGUAACGCAGCCAGGCUUUGUUGAGGUCAUCGAGGGAGAAGGUAUGCCACGAUUCGAGAACCGUCAUCUUCACGGAGACCUAUUCGUAGAAUACAAUGUGGUCCUACCAAAACAGCUUUCUCCGCAGCUUCGGAAAAAAUUAAUGGAAGCAUUCGCGUCUGCUGGUUCAACGCAUGACGAGCUAUAGAGUGCAUUAUAGACCUCUACCAUUGUAUUCCUAACGCGCUGCAAUCUAUCCUUAUUGAUCCCACCUC